AGAACCGACUCGGUAGGCCCAUGUACUUACUCCCUUCGCCCCCACGUUUGCGUCGCAUCCACCUCUUUACCCUUCACAUCGCAUUCUUUGCUUUGCUCCCUCUUCUCUUGAGAGUUCAAGAAGCGGAAUCCCCCAAUUGUUCGCCCCACGCAUCCGAACAUAGCGCUCGGAGGGGACAUGGGGUUCAAGAAGCAGAAAUCGCAACCCUUAGAACGAAUUUGGUAUUCGACGUAGGAGGGAUCUCGGAUCUUUCGAGGAGGAGGAGGAGGAGGAGGAGGAGGGCAAAGGGAGAUGGCGAUGAUGAGCAAGACACGCGACCUAAUCGAGGGGCUCGUGCGAGAGAAGUCUUUCAAGUGGGCUCUCAGCCGCCGUGCCUCCUUCGAGGACGAGUACGAGGAGAUGGGCCGGUCGCCUUCCGGACGCAGGAAGUGGAUAUCGGACCUCUCCUCAGUGGCUAAUGUCAUCGUCGGCCGCUGUUCCCAAAUUCUUGAUGUUACUAUGGAUGAACUUCAACGGAAUUUUGAUUCGGAAGCAUCUGAUGCUAUCAAGCAUUCCUCAAGUUAUGCAAGGAAUUUCUUGGAGUACUGUUGUUUUAGAACCCUUGCACUUUCUACUCAAGUUGCUGGCCACCUCUCGGAUAAAGCCUUUCGCCGAUUGACGUUUGAUAUGAUGUUUGCUUGGGAGGCUCCUGCUGCUGCAGACCAGCCUAUACAUAAGAUGGUGGAUAAGGAGAGAACUGCAGGUGUGGAGGCUUUUUCUCGAAUAGCACCUGCCAUCCCCACCAUCGCAGAUGUAAUUACUUGCUUCAAUCUUUUUGAUAAGCUUACCAAUUCGACUGGCGGUCGGCUUACUUUUGCUAUCUACGAGAAGUACCUAGCCGCAUUAGACAGAGCAAUAAAGAAGAUGAAAACUCAGUCUGAGUCAUCUCUUCUAUCGGGUCUUCGUCUCCAUAGAGGAGAAAGGAUCCUUGAAGUGGACGGAACAUUGACCACACAGCCAGUACUUGAACACAUAGGACUUUCUACAUGGCCUGGAAGAUUAAUAUUGACAGACCAUGCUCUCUACUUUGAAGCACUACGACUGGUAACCUCUGAUAAGCCAAAGGUAUAUGAGCUUGCAGAUGAUCUAAAACAGAUUAUCAAGCCUGAGUUGACUGGGCCAUGGGGUUCACGUCUUUUUGACAAGGCUGUCAUGUACAAAUCAAUAUCACUAUCAGAACCAGUAAUCUUGGAGUUUCCCGAGCUUACAGGUCAUUCUCGUCGGGAUUAUUGGCUAGCCAUAAUGCGAGAAAUUCUUUAUGCCCAUAGAUUUAUUCAGAAAUUUGAGAUAGAAGGUGUUGAGAAAGAAGAAACACUCUCAAAAGCUGUACUGGGCAUUCUACGGUUGCAAGCUAUUCAAGAGUUAGUUUCUUCGGUGCCUGUGAAAUACGAAACCCUUCUGAUGUUUAAUCUCUGUGAUCAGCUUCCUGGAGGUGACGUAAUACUGGAAACACUAGCCAAUAUGAUAGCCUCUAGGAAAUUGGAUCGGACCAACCAAUUUAGUUCAGGAGGUGGAAUGUACUCUAUAUCUGCUCUGGGUAUUUUGUCAAACCUGGGUCUUGUAUCACAAGUCUCAGCAGAUGACAAGCUUCUUGUUGGUGAGAUAGUUGUAGGGGAAAUGACUUCAUUAGAAAGGGCUGUCAAUGAGUCCAGGAAUAGCUAUAAACAGGUAGAGCAAGCACAAGCUACAGUUGAUGGAGUUAAAGUAGAUGGUCUCGAUACCAAUUUGGUAGUGAUGAAGGAGCUGCUUCAACCGAUGAUUCAACUGGGAAAUUUCUUUGUUGCUAUGGCUUCUUGGAAUGAACCCAUCAAGUCCCUCGUAUUCAGUUCUUUAUCUUGUUUCAUCAUUUUCAGGGGAUGGCUUGGUUAUGUCCUCGUUCUGGUGCUUCUCUUUGUUGCCAUCUUCAUGCUGCUUACUCGAUUUACUAAUCAAGGAAGGCCAAUAAAUCAGAUCAAGGUGAAGGUUCCUCCAGUUAUGAACACAAUGGAGCAGAUCUUGGCAGUUCAGAGUGCUAUCUCUAAAGUUGAAGAGUUAGUUCAGGAUGGAAAUAUUGUUCUCUUGAAAAUACGAGCUUUAUUACUGGCUGUUUCUUCCCAGGCUACAGAUAGAAUUAUACUGGUGCUGGUUUUGAUGGCCUUGGCGAUAGCUUUUCUACCUAGUAAACUGCUUCUCUUGAUGCUAUUUCUGGAAAUAUUUACAAGGAAUUCACCACCGAGAAGGGUGAACACAGAGAAAUGCACCAGAAGAUUGAGAGAGUGGUGGUUCAGCAUACCUGCAGCUCCAGUUGUUCUUGAAAGAGACAAGGAGGAUAAGAAGAAGAGGUGAUCUUGUUCACAUAGUUGCAUGAACGUAGAUUUCUUCACUGCGGUUGUAAAUAAGAUGACAUUGCCCAGUCAUUCAGAAAAUGUCAACUGUUCAAGAAAUGAAAUGUUAUUAAUGUAAAAGCAAUUGUCUUCA